AGCGCUGGCGCAGUUGCAAACAAGCGGAGCUUUCCGAGGCUGUGGUGCUUUUUUGCAGCUGUCCAAUAGAGAGCGGAGCGGCCCCGGAAGUGACGCAGCGGAGGGUCAGCCUCCUUCCGUUUCUGGCCCGGCGAGAGAGCAUUGCGGAGACAUGAAACUGCUUACCCACAAUCUACUGAGCUCGCACGUGCGAGGGGUGGGGCCCCGUGGCUUCCCCCUGCGCCUCCAGGCCACCGAAGUCCGCGUCAACCCUGUGGAGUUCAACCCAGAUUUCGUGGCGCGUAUGAUUCCCAAAGUGGAGUGGGCGGUGCUUCUGGAGGCGGCAGAUACUUUGCAUCUGAUCGAGGUGCCCAAAGAGCCGAUUCAAGGGUAUGAGCAGGAUGAGACGUUUCUGAGGAAGAUGCACCACGUGCUGCUAGAGGUGGAUGUGGUGGAGGGGACCCUGCAGUGCCCAGAGUCUGGACGUGUGUUCCCCAUCAGCCGCGGGAUCCCCAACAUGUUGCUGAGUGAGGAGGAAACCGAGACUUGAUCGUGCCAGGCACCAGAUUUUCAUUCUGUGAUCGUGUGUACUUUGUUUAUAUCCUGUUUGUUAGUUUUGUCAUGUGCAUCCCCAACUUCUGACCCAGUAACACACCACACACAGUGUUCUUGAGCUCGAUAUAUUUUUUUCUCAUUAAAGGUUCAAAACCAAAA